GCCAGGGCAGGCGCGGCUGGAGAGAGCUCUGCGGUCGAUCCCCGCGGAGCUCUGGGCGGUGCCGCCGCUCCCCGCGCCGGGCCUCCUGCGGGAGCGCGCGGCGGUGCCGCCCGGGGUCCCCAACAAGGGGAACCCGCAGGUCGGGCGGAGCAGCGUCCAGAGGGCGCCGCCGAGCAAGGAGGGGAGCGUCACGUCCCGCGAGGACUCCAAGCCGCCCCCCGGCUCCGGGGCCGGGGCUGCCUCGGCGAGGGAGAGCGCGCUGCUGCUGCCCAGCCCGCCACCGUCCCGCCCCGCCAGCAGCUGCUCCUCCGGCCCCGCCCCGGGCGACGCCUCGCCGGGCAUCGUGGAGGGCCGCUGCAGGCUCUGCGGCUGCGGCCUGGGGGUGAGCCCGUGGGGCAACCCGCGCUGCCGCGGCUGCUCGGCGGUGGAGGUCGUCCGCCUCGAGCACCACCCGCUGCGGCCGCUGCUGCUGGACUGGCCCGCUGGCUUCCACAGGCUGCCCACGAACGUUUGUGCUGCCCGUCUUCACCGAGCCGGUCAAGCUCACGCCGCCGCCUACGCCGCGCGUGGACAAGUUCCGCGAGCACGCGGCCGCCGACCAGACCGUGUGGGCCCCCGCCUCCGCGCGGGGCAGCGCCCUGUCGGGCCGCAGGCCCUGGCCGCGGCAGAGCUCGGGUGGCGUCAGCCGGGCCACCUCGGGCCGGCCCUGAGGUUCGGGCGGUCGCGCGCGGCUGAGCCGCCCCGACCCCUCCUCUCGCUGCGCCGUGCCCUUGAGAGGCAGGAUUUUCCCGUGCGCAGGGCAUCCCCAGACCUCCACCCGUCCUCCACCUGCUCCUCCUCAUUCCCCCCCCCUCAUUCUCUCCCUGUGCCUCCGCUUUGUAGGGUGCGGAAUGCGAUGUCCUGGUCAUUGGUUGUGGCCUUGCAGAGCAAAAUCUUGCCUAGAAUGUGACCGCGCCAGCACCGGACGGGGCCACGAUGGCCCAAGUCCAUUUCGUAGGCAACGCCGCGGCCUGGCUCGCUGCCAGUUUCCUUGCGCAGUGCGCCGGUCUUCCAUCCUACAGUCGGCCCUGAUUAGUAGGUCGACCCUUCAACUUAAGGGUGCCCUCGCGCCCUGUGUCUCGCGACCCAUCUCUCUUCAUCUCAUGUCCCUUCCUCCUCCCAGAGGGAGACGGAAUUUGAGGCGGGAGGCCGUGCAGCGAACGGCUGCGCGGGGCUCGACUCUGGCGCGGCAGGCCGCCAAACAACCAGAACGGGCGCGGCCCUCCCUGUCGUCGCCGGCGUCGCCGUCGUCCAAUGCUCAUGCUCCCCCUCCUUGUCCCCCUUCCCUG